AUGGCUAGGCUUCAAUUGUCUCUUCUUCUUGCUCUUUUCUCCAUUUGUCUCCUCUCCACUUCAGGUAAUCCAAAGUGUAUUUUCACAAACAACUUUCACAAUACAAAAUCAGUGCAGCUACCCGGUAUAUGGCCAGCCCUAUUAUCCAACCCGGGAGCGCCUCAGCUCCCCACCGCCGGCUUCUUGCUCAAUCCCUUAUACUACGCCGACGUCCCUAUCCCAGCCUCCUGGUCAGGCAACCUAUGGGCCCGCACCCGUUGCGCCACCGACCCCACAACCGGCCAAUUCCACUGCGAGACAGGUGAUUGCGGCACAGGCUCAAUCGGAUGCAAUGGUGCCGGCGGCGCCCCUCCCACUACCCUCCUCGAGAUCACACUUGGCUCUGCUGGCGGCCUCGACAACUACGCGGUCAGCGUCGUCACAGGAUAUAACACCCCCAUGUGGGUGGUCCCAUCAGGUGCGAACGGUAAAUGCAGCAUCGCCGGGUGCACAACGGACAUCAACGCCGAGUGCCCGACUGGGCUGCGGUUGAUCGACAACACAGGUGAGACUGUGGCGUGUAUGAGCGCGUGCACGGCUUUUGGGGACCCACAGUAUUGCUGUACUGGGGCCUACUCAACUCCGGCCACCUGCGGACCAACUUCUUAUUCGGAGUUCUUUAAGAGCGCAUGCCCAUCAGCGGUUACUUACGCAUUCGAUGGUGGGGCUUCCACAUGUCCCUCUCCGACUUACACCAUCACUUUCUGCCCUAGCUAGUUACGGCGCUAGGCUAGGACAUUUGGCUCAACCCUAUGCAUUUGAAAGUUAUAAAGAUACAUGGCAUGCUCCUACACAUUUAAAACUUGAUGAGAAGUUAUUUGGACAAGUGGAAGCAAAAGAUCGGAACAAGAUGAAAAGUAGUUAAUGGAAGUUAUUUCCUACAUUUUUUUUGUUUCCUAGAAAUAGCCUCUUAGGUCUCUCCAACAAAUCAAAGAAUCUAUCUUUAUUUGUCUUUCAGGUUUUUUCUUACUAACCCAACUUUUGGGUUAUAAUUAGAAGUAGGAGAAACUUAGAAUCUUAUGUAUCGAUUUUGUUCGUGAAGAUUGGUGUUUGUCUUGCAUCACUGAUUUUCUUUUAUUUGCUGAUACAUCAUUGAAGAUUAAUGGAAGAAUCUCUUUCGUUAGUUUCCAAUUU